AGAACAGCGAAAUCGCAAGACCGGAGACUGCUCUAGUCAGUGUAAACCCUUUCCCCUCUCCGGCCGGAGUCGGGCAACCGCAUCUUUCGCCGUCGACGAGCGCGACGCGGCGGCGGAGAUGGACGGGGGGCACGGGCCGAGGCAGCCGAUGUCUCCGGCGAUCUCGGCCUCGGCGGUGGUGCCGCAGCAGCGGCAGAUGCAGCUCCACCACCACCCGGCGCGGCCGGCAAUCGCCGAUCUCUUCACCCUUUACCUCGGCAUGAACUCGAAGCAGAGAGCGGAGGACCCAUCGAGAGAGAGCUCGAACAAGCUGCAGAAGAGAGUGACAGCUAUGAACAGAGAUCUGCCUCCCCGUGAUGAGCAGUUCAUUUCAGAUUAUGAGCAGCUGCGCAUGCAGUACCCUGACCAGGACCAGUUGCAGGCAGUCACAGAAUCAGUUCUGAUCUCCUUUGUCCUGCAGUGUAGUAGCCACGCACCACAAUCUGAGUUCUUGCUCUUUGCUACACGGUGCUUAUGUGCUCGAGGCCACCUUAGAUGGGACAACCUCCUUCCAUCUCUGCUUAAUGCUGUUUCCUCCAUGGAGGCGCCUAUGGGGCAAGGAGUUCCUGUGACUGGUGGUGGCCCUGUAACUCCAUCUUCAUCAGCUAUGGCUAUGCCAAAUGCUCCAAACUUCCACCCUUCAAAUCCAGCUUCACCUUUGUCAGUAAUGAACACCAUUGGAUCUCCUACUCAAUCUGGUGUUGACCAACCAGUAGGUGCAAAUGUGUCACCAAUUAAGGCAGCUGAAUUCUCCAGCGCAGCUCAGCUUAGUGCAGCAGCAAGAGGUGACCAGUCUCGCAGGGGAGCAGAAAUUGGCUAUCUGCAUCUUCUGUCCUGUAGGAUAAUUCUGGCAGGGCUGGAGUCCAAUUUGAAACCAGCUACUCAUGCUGUGAUUUUCCAGCAUAUGGUAAAUUGGCUGGUUAACUGGGACCAGAGGCCGCACAGCAUGGACGAAGCUGAUGCAAUGCAAACUUGGAGGAUGGAAAAACCUUUACAUGAAUGGAUGCAUCUAUGCUUGGAUGUUAUAUGGAUUUUAGUUAAUGAAGAGAAAUGCCGCAUUCCAUUCUAUGAGCUUGUACGCUGCAACUUGCAGUUUCUUGAAAACAUUCCUGAUGAUGAAGCAUUAGUUAGUAUAAUCAUGGAGAUCCAUAGGAGGAGGGACAUGGUUUGCAUGCACAUGCAAAUGUUAGAUCAACACCUUCAUUGUCCAACAUUUGCAACUCAUCGUUUCUUAUCACAAUCCUACCCAAGCAUAGCUGGUGAAUCUGUUACUAAUCUGCGUUAUUCUCCCAUUACAUACCCUAGUGUAUUGGGAGAGCCACUACAUGGAGAGGAUCUUGCAAACUCCAUUCCUAAGGGUGGUUUAGACUGGGAACGUGCUCUUCGUUGCUUGAGGCAUGCUCUCCGCACAACCCCAUCACCAGACUGGUGGAGACGUGUUCUUCUCGUUGCCCCUUGUUACAGAUCACAGUCUCAACAAUCAUCAACUCCUGGAGCUGUUUUCUCACCUGAUAUGAUUGGUGAGGCAGUUGCUGACAGGACAAUCGAACUCUUGAGGCUUACUAACUCAGAGACUCAGUGCUGGCAAGAUUGGCUUUUGUUUGCUGACAUCUUUUUCUUCCUAAUGAAAAGUGGAUGCAUUGACUUCCUUGAUUUUGUGGAUAAGCUUGCUUCUCGAGUGACAAAUAGUGACCAACAGAUUCUGCGGAGUAAUCAUGUCACUUGGCUGCUUGCACAGAUUAUCCGCAUUGAGAUAGUGAUGAAUAGUCUUAGUUCAGACCCAAGGAAGGUUGAAACUACAAGAAAGAUAAUUUCAUUCCACAAAGAAGACAAGAGCCUUGAUGCCAAUAAUAUUGGCCCUCAAAGUAUUCUUCUUGAUUUCAUUAGUAGCAGUCAGACUCUGCGCAUUUGGUCUUUCAAUACUUCAAUCAGAGAGCAUUUGAACAGUGAUCAGCUUCAGAAAGGAAAACAAAUAGAUGAGUGGUGGAAACAGAUGACAAAAGCUUCUGGCGAGAGAAUGAUAGACUUUACGAACUUGGAUGAACGGGCAACGGGGAUGUUCUGGGUUCUCUCCUUCACUAUGGCGCAGCCAGCUUGUGAAGCAGUAAUGAACUGGUUUACGUCAGCUGGAAUGGCAGAUUUAAUUCAGGGGCCUAAUAUGCAGCCAAAUGAAAGAAUAAUGAUGAUGCGUGAAACAUAUCCUCUGUCAAUGUCAUUGCUUUCUGGGUUGGCUAUUAAUCUUUGUAUGAAGCUUGCUUUCCAGCUUGAAGAGACCAUAUUUCUCGGCCAGGCUGUACCUAGCAUUGCAAUGGUGGAAACCUAUGUGAGAUUACUGCUUAUAGCGCCUCAUUCAUUGUUCCGUCCCCAUUUUACGACAUUAACCCAAAGAUCUCCGUCUAUUCUGAGCAAAUCUGGUGUCUCUUUGCUCCUACUUGAGAUACUGAAUUACAGGCUACUUCCUCUAUAUAGGUAUCAUGGAAAAAGCAAGGCAUUGAUGUAUGAUGUUACAAAGAUAAUAUCAAUGAUUAAGGGUAAACGUGGAGAGCAUCGUCUUUUCAGAUUAGCUGAAAAUUUGUGCAUGAAUUUGAUUCUCUCGCUGAAAGACUUCUUUUUUGUGAAAAAAGAACUGAAGGGGCCAACUGAGUUUACUGAAACUCUUAACCGCAUAACGAUAAUAAGUCUCGCUAUCACCAUCAAGACACGUGGAAUUGCUGAGGUUGAACACAUGAUUUAUCUUCAACCAUUGCUAGAGCAAAUUAUGGCAACCAGUCAGCAUACCUGGUCGGAAAAGACGCUACGUUAUUUUCCUCCUCUUAUUCGUGAUUUUUUAAUGGGGAGAAUGGAUAAGAGGGGCCAAGCUAUUCAAGCAUGGCAGCAGGCAGAAACAACUGUCAUUAACCAAUGCAAUCAGCUGCUCUCACCAUCUGCUGAGCCAAACUAUGUCAUGACUUAUUUGAGCCACAGUUUCCCUCAGCAUCGUCAAUACCUUUGUGCUGGUGCUUGGAUGCUGAUGAAUGGACAUCUUGAAAUCAACAGUGCAAAUCUUGCUCGUGUCUUAAGGGAGUUUUCACCUGAGGAAGUUACAGCAAAUAUCUAUACAAUGGUUGAUGUUCUUCUGCAUCAUAUCCAAUUUGAGGUGCAAAGAGGCCAUCUAGCACAGGACUUACUAUCCAAAGCAAUCACAAAUCUUUCUUUCUUUAUAUGGACACAUGAGCUUCUUCCACUGGAUAUUCUACUGCUAGCUCUUAUUGACAGGGAUGAUGAUCCUUAUGCUUUACGCAUUGUGAUAAGUCUGCUUGAAAAGCCAGAACUUCAGCAAAGAGUCAAGGCAUUCUGCAGUUCUCGUUCCCCAGAGCAUUGGCUCAAAAAUCAACAUCCUAAAAGAGUUGAGCUCCAGAAAGCUCUUGGUAACCAUUUAUCAUGGAAGGACCGUUAUCCCCCGUUCUUCGAUGACAUUGCUGCGCGCUUGCUUCCUGUUAUCCCGCUGAUUAUUUAUAGGCUUAUUGAGAAUGAUGCUACAGAUAUUGCAGACAGAGUUCUUGCAUUUUAUUCUUCCUUGCUUGCCUUCCACCCGCUAAGGUUUACAUUUGUACGUGAUAUUCUUGCAUAUUUCUAUGGUCAUCUUCCAAUCAAACUGAUUGGUAGGAUCCUCAACUUGCUUGGUGUUAGCACUAAGACUCCCUUCUCAGAGUCUUUUGCUAAAUAUUUAGUGUCAUCUAAUUCAUCAGUUUGUCCACCACCGGAAUACUUUGCCAACCUUUUGCUAAACCUGGUCAAUAAUGUCAUACCUCCUUUAAGUAGCAAAUCCAAAUCAAACCCAGCAGACACAACACGCUCGACUUUCAACAAGCAUCAUGCGUCUUCACAAGCUGGUGGAAUCGGUAACACUGAUGGUCAGAGGGCAUUUUAUCAGAAUCAAGAUCCUGGGUCAUAUACACAGCUUGUUUUGGAAACAGCAGCUAUUGAGAUUCUCUCACUUCCCGUCUCUGCUGCUCAAAUAGUGUCCUCUUUAGUUCAAAUAAUAGCUCAUGUACAAGCAAUGCUUAUACAGUCAAAUAGUGGCCAAGGAAUGUCAGGUGGUUUGGGGCAAAGUUCUGGGCUGCCAACUUCUCCUUCAGGUGGAGGUGCUGAAUCUGCAGGUCCCAACCAAGCAAAUAGUGCUGCAAGUGGGAUCAAUGCCACUAACUUUGUUUCUAGGAGUGGCUACUCCUCCCAACAAUUAUCUGUUUUAAUGAUUCAAGCAUGUGGUCUUUUGCUGGCACAACUCCCACCAGAAUUUCACAUGCAACUAUACUCAGAAGCAGCCCGUGUCAUAAAAGAUUGCUGGUGGCUAGCUGAUAGUUCGAGGCCUGUUAAAGAGCUUGACUCUGCUGUUGGCUAUGCACUGCUGGAUCCUACAUGGGCUUCUCAAGACAACACAUCAACAGCCAUAGGUAACAUUGUCGCCCUUCUGCACUCAUUCUUUAGCAAUCUUCCACAAGAAUGGCUGGAAUCUACCCAUACUGUCAUAAAACACCUUCGGCCAGUUAAUUCAGUUGCCAUGUUAAGGAUCGCCUUCCGCAUAUUGGGUCCCUUGUUACCUCGUCUAGCCUUUGCUCGACCUUUGUUCAUGAAGACCUUGGCUUUACUGUUCAAUGUUUUGGGUGAUGUAUUUGGUAAGAACUCUCAGGUCCCGAAUCCUGUGGACGCUUCAGAAAUUACAGACAUAAUUGACUUCUUUAGGCAUCAUGCUGUGAUGUAUGAAGGCCAAGGGGGUCCCGUUCAGAGCACUAGCAAACCUAAGCUGGAGAUACUGACAUUAUGCGGGAAAGUUAUAGAAAUUUUGAGGCCAGACGUGCAACAUCUCCUCUCGCACCUGAAGACUGAUCCCAACUGCUCAAUAUAUGCAGCGACGCAUCCAAAGCUCGUGCAAAACACAUCCUAAUGUCACAGCUUACAAGUGCAUGUAUAAUGCGAGAUCCUUUGAACCGCUGCAGAAGUGAUGCUGUAGGAUCAGAAGAAUUGCAGUAGCUGUAACCUGUAUCCUCAUCUAACCGGAGUAUAGAUCUUGCCGUAAUGAUCAUGGACAUAUUCUUCAGAGCAUCGUCGUUGUCAGUUGUAUCCUUUAGCUAGCAAUAUUGUAAAUAUCUGCUUAAGGGGCAUAUUAAGACAUGCAUGAUUAUAGCAUAAACAUGGAGUUAACCAUUCCAGGCAAAGCAUGCUGGUUGUCAUGCUUCUGAACUA